AUGAUGCAAGAAGCUUAUGCACGUCUUCCUGCCUUUGAUCCAUUGUCAGUUGAUGAACUUCGGGGAGUAACUGCGAUAGCUCGUGCACCUUGGACCGAAGGUGGACGAACGAUGAAGCGGAUAGAAGAAAAACAUGUUGGUGAUUAUUCAACACGCGUUCGCAUUUACUAUCCAGACGAUAGUCAAAUUCUUCCAGCGCUUAUUUACAUUCAUGGAGACGGUUGGACAAUCUUUAGUCUUGAUACACACGAUCGACUGAUGAGAGAAUAUGCAGAUCGAGAUAGAAUUGCCGUUAUUAGUGUAGAUUAUAGUCUGUUACCAGAAAAUUAUGUGCGAGAUGAGCGAGAUUUCGACGAUCCACCAGUAUGUCCUCUUCAUGCCGAUCUUCGUGGUCUUCCACCGAGUUUUCUUGCUAUUGCUGAAUGCGAUGUUCUUGCCGACGAAAAUCGAGCAAUGGCUGAGGCAUUAUGUAAUGCUAAUGUUGAGGUUGAAGAGCGUGUCUAUCAAGAAGCAACACACAGCUUUCUUGAAGUUGUUCGCAUUGCAGCACUCAGUGAUAGAGCUUUGAAUGAAGCUACUUGUUGGCUUGUUCAACAACUUAACCGUGAGAUUAAAGAUUCCCCGUCAAUAUCAUAA